AUGUCUUGCGGCGGCAUGCCCACAACCACAAACCGUACCCUCUGGCCCAUUAACGGCGGUGCAAUUGCUCUACAACCAGGAUGGUUCCAAGGUCACGCCACAGCCUUCUUCUACAUAAACCUCGGCUUCGGCACCGACGGGCCCUCCGGCGGCCCCCCCAACAUGUCCUUCCCCAUGGUCCCCGUCUUCCAAAUCGUCGGCCCCUCCAAAAACCCCUACCCUGGCUCCUUUUGCCUCCCGCAGGUCCCCCUCCCCGCAAACACCACCGUCAAAGCCGGCGACAACGCCACCAUCCAGGUCAUCGAGGUUGCUGUCCACGGCGCGAGUCUCUUCUCAUGCGUCGAUAUCACGUUCGCGGACCCGAAGGAUGUGGCAGAGGUCAAUGAGACGAAUUGCUUUAAUUCGACUGAUAUUCAGUUUAAUAACGUUUAUUCCAUUGGCGCGGGCGAUAGUUCGAGUGGUGCCCCUGCUCCGACUCUGGCCAUCUCGAGGACUUUAUUAUUACCGCUUGUGGGAAUCCUUGCCUUUACGCUGUUGUAA